CCUUGCUCCCCUCCUCUCCUCGUUUCUGUGACCAGUGGGCACACGCACCCACGCACACCCAUCACCAUGUCUCGACACCGCCCAUCCACCACCCCGAUGGACUUUGAGUGGGAAAACGAGACUGGACGAGUAGAUGCCAGUUCGCCGUGGAUCACUAGCCAGCAGUCUCAACUCGCGAAGAAGCGUAAGCUCAAGUCUUCCACCGCCGAACCGAUCCCUAGCAAUCCCCCGCAACAACAACCUCUGACUUGUGACCCUCGUGCGGGCCUUUCAGGUACACAUUCCGUCCUCGACUCUCCAACCAAAAAUCCAUCCUCUACACCGAAUCGUCCGCAGUUGCGCGAACCUAACGGGCAGCAUUACCUCUUUUCUGGCCAGAAGCCAAUCCCGAGCAUCCCUACCCACAUUCAGAAUUCGAGCGCUUGGGAACCGCGAACACCCCAGACUGUCGUCGACUUUAGCUCCGGCGGCGAGACACCAAACACACCUGGUCAGGAUAGCGACCUGGCAGCCACACCCGAUACACAAUUGGCUAGCAGGAUGGGUGGUCUGUCCCACGGGGAUAGGAAAAGCCCGCGCAAAAGCAAGCGCGAGAGCUUCAUGGGUUUAUUCAGCCGAUCUACCCCUAGCCCGAGCAAGGACGAGCCUCCCUCGCGAAAGGGCUACUCCAAGAAAGCAGAGAAUCGGGUCAUGAAGCGGAGAUCCAGGAAACAAAAGAGCGCAUACGCCGAAGACGCAGACGACUCGGACUACGAACAAAACCGCAACAGGAACAACACGGCAAAUGGAGGCCCAAAUUCUGCCACGAAGGGUGGUUUUGCUGGUGCCAUUGCCAACAUCCCGGGUGUUCUGCAAUGGGUAGAAGCCCAUCCGAACCUGCCCGCCGUGCUGAGCUACUACAUGCAGUUUUUUGUCAACACAAUCCUGGGUUUAUCAUUCUUGUAUAUUUUCUACUCAGUCAUAUGCGCUGUCUACAACGAUGUAAAUCUUGAAGCCAACAGCAGGGCGAACGAGAUCAUGCACGACAUCGCCAUUUGUGCAAAGGAUUAUCGCGAUAAUGGAUGCGCUUUGGCGAGGGUGCCUCCUGCGCUCCAGCAGCCCUGCAUGCGCUGGGAGUCCUGUAUGAACCAAGAUGUGAAGAAGAUUGCGCAUGCCAGCGUGGGAAUGACGGCAAUCGCAAAGAUCAUCAAUGCCUUCACCGAGGAGUUCAGCUACAAAUCUAUGAUCUUCAUGGCCAUCGUCCUCUUCGGCGGCUUCAACCUCUCCAACUGGGCCUUCAACCGGAUCCGCAACGACCAAGUCCACCCAUCCUCACAACACCAACAAUUCGAAUACGCACCACCCGCAACCCCACAACGCCAAACCAGCGGUAACAGCGCCGCAUACAUGCUCAUGGACGGCCAUCAGACCCCCGCAUGGCACACGCCAUAUGGCACUCCCUACGCGAGCAUACAACGUCCAGGAUUGCAGCAUGCUUCUCAGAGUUUGCCGGCGCUACCGAGCAGUAGCACCGUCGGGGGUGCGGAGGAAGGCGAACAUGUGCCGAUGGCGGCGGCGGCGAGGGCGGCGCAGGGGAGGAAAGGUGGUGGUGGGAUUUUUGCUUCGAGACGGUGA